CAUGGCAAAGCCCAGUCUGAGUUCCAAAUUCGUACGCGCAAGAUGUCGUUGGUCUCGUCCGUUACGAAUGAUCGUCGUCGGUCUUUUUGCUUUUGCGCAAUAAAGACGCAUCUCUUGCUUGCCGUGAUUUGUUUGAUUUUACAAAGAGAUGGCACCUCAGAAGCGCGUACCUCACCUCAGCUGAAGGUUCAACUCCCACACGGCGGUAUAUUGGUGGGACGUCAUCUGCUAACGCAUAAAGGACGUCACAUGCGUGCUUUCAUGGGUGUGCCCUAUGCAGAACCUCCUUUGGGAGAGUUGCGUUUUAAGCACCCUGUUCCCUAUAGAGCGUGGAGUGGGGAGAAACAUGUCAUCGAAGAUUCACCCAAGUGCACUCAACGUGAUCCCUUCCGCAGAGAUAUGAUACUCGAAGGCAGCGAGGAUUGUUUGUAUCUGAAUGUUUACACACCCGAGGCACCGGAAAGCAAUGAACCAUUGCCCGUUAUGGUGUGAUUCCAUGGCGGUGGCUGGGAAUGCGGUUCUGGCAUAAGCAGCUUCUAUGGUCCUGACUUUUUGUUGAAUCAUGAUAUUAUUUUAGUUUCUGCCAAUUUCCGUUUAGGCCCCCUGGGUUUUUUGAGUACCGAGACUGUGGAUUGUCCAGGCAACUUUGGCCUAAAAGAUCAACUGGAGGUUUUAAAGUGGAUCAAGGCCAAUAUAGCCUCAUUCGGUGGCAAUCCUAAUAGUGUUACGAUUUUUGGAGAAAGUGCUGGAGGAGCCAGUGUCACCUACCACAUGUUGUCCGAGAAAUCCAAGGGUCUUUUCCAUAGAGGCAUUGUCCAGUCGGGAGCCUACUUUAAUCCUUGGGCCCAACCAGCCCACAAAGGAGUGCCCUCGCAAAGGGCCAGGAAAAUGGCUAAGCUUGUGGGAUGCCCCAGUGAUGGUAACUGGCCUAGAAUGUUGGAGUGCCUAAGAGAGAAGCCAGCAAAUGAUAUUGUGGCCACCAUUUACGAUCUCUUUGAUUGGGACUUUGAUCCCAUGAUACCAUUCCCACCAGUCGUGGAACCCGACCAUCCCGAUGCUUUCCUAACAGUCUUGCCACGCUCCGCUUCUCAACCACAUGGUCUGCAGCUGCCUAUAAUGAUUGGUGUCACCUCUGAGGAAGGUCUGCUGAAAACCGCUUCUCUCUUGAAUAUUCCCGAUGUUUUAAAGGAUUUUAAAGCCAAAUUCCACAAAGUCUUGCCCAUCGUUCUAAACUAUGACCAUUUGGGCAAUGCAGAACAGCAGAAAAUCACUAAAAAGUUGGAGAAAUUCUACCUUAAGAAUGGCCAUAACUAUGACAAGUAUAAUUCCCAAAAUAUAACUGAUCUUAUAUCGGACGGCUGGUUUGUUGCUGGUAUCGACGAAUACAUUCGUUUGCGUAUGAGCAAUUUCAAAAAGAACAGCCAAAAGGUGGGCCCUACUUUUGUCUAUUUGUUCGAGCAUAAAGGCGCUGCAAGCUUUUCGGAACUAUUCAAAGGAGGAAGAGAAAUGUUCUAUGGUGCUUGCCAUGCUGAUGAGUUGCAAUAUCUCUUUCCAAUAGCCAAAGAGCUAUUCGUAAGCGCCUCUCCAACUGUGAAGGAUUUAAAGGUACGAGAUAUCAUGCUAUCGCUGUGGGUUAAUUUUGCCAAGAGCAGCAACCCAACCCCAACUAAUGGUGAAUUGCCAAUAUGGCAACCCUGUGAAACAUAUCCCGUUUCGCCAUAUGCUUCAAUUGGAAGUAAACAUGAGGAGGUGGAUGAACUUUUCAAGUUCGAUAGUGAGUUGUAUCAGGAAAGAGUUGAACUAUGGAAUGAUAUAAAGCCACAUGUUCCCGCCAAGGAAUUUCAGUUAAAGGAUGAACUGUAGCCACAUAAGAAGAUGUAAGAUUUCGACAUGAUUUUCAAUUUGAAUUAUUGAAUAUUUAUUGCAAAUUCGUGAUUACCUUUUGUUUAGAAAUUAAAGACUAUGAUGAAUAUAAUUUUCAAUUAUUUUUUUUUAUUUAUUUAUUACUUUAUUUUUCAUGUUUACUUGUAUUCUUGAUUUGUUUUCUUUUGUUUUGUCGUUUCUUUUCAUUAUUUUCUUCUUUUUUUCAUUUAGCAAUUGUACCUAUUAUCUAUAAAGUUCUGUUGUUCUCUUGGUUUUUGUUUUUUUUUUUUGCAAUUAUACGUUUUACACAUCAUUCGAAUUUACUAUUUUCUUUUUUUUUUUUUCUUUUUUUUUUUUGUUUUUUUUUUUGUUA